AUGCCAUCGUACACGGACGAUGCACGCUGCAAAAAAUUAUGUUCCGCACAUUAUGUGCGUAGCUACCUUUCUAGCCGCAACACCGCCGUGGCGGAUGACGCCGCUGGCAAAGAUCCUGGGACGGUGACGAAGACGUCCUCGGGACCAGCGACGACGUACCAACAGGCACCGGUGGCGAUGUAUCGGGAACGAAAGCGUCGGCACACGCUGCGUCGCAUCGUCUCAGGCACCGGUGACGACGAUUUUCCGCGUCGCGGAACCACGCGACGACAACAGCUAUCGCAUCAGGAUGCCGUGAAGAAUGCCUCUCCGGCAGGGCAUGUCGGUAAGGCCAGGAGAUGUCUUAGGACAAGAACAGACUUCCGCAGCGAAGACAACGCAACCUCGAGCACAGCGAUGUGGAAAGUAUUGUUAACUCUGGUUCUGGCCAGUUAUUCUCUGGCUGCACCUCAGGAACAACCGAACUCAAAUCUAAAUGCCACGAUAUUGAACGUGUCUGGGCCCCCUCCCGACACUCAGCCGCCCAUCGGUCGGGAACAUUCCGAUGAUUUGGACUCCACGAUCUUAAAUUUGCUCACGCAGCAGCAGAGCUCAACAUCGUCAAUUUCCUUAGAAACGCAGAAGCAGCCUCAACCACAACCGGAAGACUGCGAAUGCGUACCGUACUACCUUUGCCGCAACGGGACCAUUGUGAUUGACGGAGUUGGGCUGAUUGAUCUUAGGGAUGAAUUUACCCAGUGCACAAACUAUCUAGACCGCUGCUGCAAACUGCCGGACCAGCUCAAACCUGGAGAACAAAUCAUGCCACCUCCUACUGAAAGAAAGGGUUGCGGGCAACGACACCCUGAUGGUGUUGGUUUCCGGAUCACCGGGCACGACAACGAGGCUCAAUUCGGCGAGUUCCCGUGGAUGGUGGUGAUCUUGAAGGAACGGAUCGGUGAUGGUAAGCAGAAGCAGUUCAAGUACCAGUGCGGUGGUUCUCUAAUCCACAAACAGGCCGUAUUGACAGCCGCUCAUUGCGUGGUAGGGAUACAACCGCAGGAAAUAACAAUUCGAGCGGGUGAAUGGGACACGCAGACAAUGAGCGAGAUCUUUCCGCAUCAGGACCGCAAUGUGCAAAAGGUGAUCGUCCAUGAGAGCUAUCAUUCCGGUUCUCUUUACCACGACGUCGCUCUGUUGAUCUUAAACGAACCAGUUGAACUCGCGGAGAAUGUCGAUAUCGUAUGCCUGCCAGCAUAUAAGACCGUCUACAAUGGAUCUCGAUGUUUCGCCAGCGGCUGGGGAAAAGAUAAAUACGGUAAAGAGGGUUACUACAGUAUAAUCCUGAAGAAAAUUGAAUUGCCGAUCGUCCCGCACGAUACAUGCCAAAGUAAUUUACGCGAAACCGUAUUAGGAAAAUAUUUCCGUCUUCAUGAGAGUUUCAUCUGUGCCGGUGGAGAGUCUGGCAAAGACACUUGCAAGGGUGAUGGAGGAAGUCCUUUGAUGUGCCCCAGCACAAGCGAUCCCACCAGGUACGAGCAAAUGGGCAUCGUAGCAUGGGGAAUCGAAUGUGGUAACAGCACUGUUCCAGGUGUCUACGCUAAUGUUGCUUAUUUACGCAACUGGAUCGACGAUCAGAUGGUUGAUAAUAAACUGGAUAAUACCGUUUACAAUAUUUAA